AUGCAUUCGCUCCACCCAGAUUAUGAUUGUGUACCUACUCCAGAACCGCCCCAUCAGGAUCUCUCCCCACCACCCCAGCCACCGCUCCACCCUCAAAAUUUCUCACCACCCCCUCCUGAUUUCUUGCCACCACAGCCAUCAUCACCUCCCCUAGGUCCUGAUCCAAUUCAGGAGGAUCCAGAUGGUGCUGAUGCAGAAUUCACUGACAUGAGUGAGUGUUACUAUCAUACAUAUCAUUCAAUGUUAAACAGACGACCAUGCACAGCUGACAGUGCAUUUCUGCCGCCUGGCACCCCUCCAACUCCCACACCACUAAAGGCUCCCGAUGACUGGAGCCCAUAUCAUAAUAGAAUUGAAUUUGAGAUGGCAGAGUUCGCAUUCAAAAAAUGCCAUAUGUCUAUGAAAAAUUUAGAUUUCCUAUGCAACUUAAUGGCUUCACUACUCGCAAAACACCACAAUUCACCUUCAUUUGCCGAUCACAAGGAUUUAUACAGUGUCAUAGAUGUGACACAACUUGGUGAUGUCCCCUGGCAGUGUUUUUCAGUUAAACACACAGGAGAACACCCUGAGGUUGUCCCGCCAUGGAUGGACAAAGAGUAUGAUGUCUGGUUUAGGGACCCUCGUGUGAUGGCACAAAACAUAUUAGCCAACCCUACCUGCAAGGAUGAAAUUGACUAUGUGUCAUUCCGUGAGUACGACGUAUCAGAUGACAAACACCAAUGGAAAGACUUUAUGUCUGUAGACUGGGCAUGGCAACAGGCAGACGAGAUAUCAAAUGAUCUGGACACUCGUGGAUCUGCAUCUGUCCCAAUUAUUCUUGGCAGUGACAAGACCACCGUUUCUGUAGGUACAGGUAACAACGAGUACUACCCUCUCUAUGCCUCAAUCAGCAAUGUACACAACAACGUGUGA